ACUGCUGAGAUUACAGGUGUGAGCCACCUUGGCUGGCCCAGGGCUUUUUAAAAAAUGUUUGUAAAUUAUCCCAAGGAAUUCUUUUAUAAAAGAUAAUAUAAAUCUCCCUUUUUUGUAGUAGUAGCAGAAAUCGUAAAAGUAACAGUAAUAAAAAAAGAUGAUUAACAUUUAUCAACUGCUGCUUAUGUUCCAGUUUCCCUCAUGUAGAUUUUGGGCAUUAUUUUAUCGAAUCCUUGUAACAACCUACAAACAAAGGUGCUAGUGUUUUUCCCAUUUUACAGAUGAGGAAAGUGAGGCUCUGGGAGGUGAAGCGCCUUGCCCAGAGUUACCAGCCAGUGGCAGGCAGAGAGGACUAGGGCCUUUGUAUGUGAAAAUCUCAUCAGCAGUGCCCUUCCUGUUAAAGAAACAGCUGUAUUUUCAAAGCCUCCAGGUCAGGGCUGUGGUUUCCAGCUGACUCCAUGUUGAUAUUUCUUUUUCUUUUUUGUUUGUUUUGCUUUUUCAGUGAUGAAAAGUCCUUUCUGGGGAGUCCUGUUUGUCUGCAGUUAUAGCAAGGCACACCAAGGGAAGGAAGCUUGGGGUGUGGAGGGCCUCCCCGCAGAAGCGGUGGCCAGUGGACCUGCUGGAACCAGCCUGCCUCUCCCUGCCAGCUCUGCCAUGGGAGCGUGCUGACAGCCCCAUCCACGAUGAGAUGUGAGACUGCUGGCUUUACCCAGCAAUCACGCCCCCCUACCCGGGGCCUACUGGCUCAGUUGCUUUUCUACUCCUGAUGUCCUUAAUCCCCAUGGAUCCUCAACCAUAACCAUGGUCACGCGGGUCGAGGUCGGCUCCAUAGCGUCCCUGACUGCAGUGCCAGGCCUCGGUGACAUUGGCAAAGAGGAAACCCUGAAGCGGACUUACUUCUGCCAGGCUGGCGAUACCUCUGGGGCUCCCUCAGCCCGGAUCUUGGAAGGAAAGAGCCUGCUGAGGAGCCCAGCUCGCUUACUCCCCCUGCCGAGGCUCUCCCCUAAGCCCUUCUCCAAGGAGCAGGCUCCUGCAGAUGGGAAACCCCCUGUGUCAUCUUUGCUGCAUAGUCCGCCCAGCCUGUGUCCUUCUGGUGGGCUCUCUGAGGAGGUGGCAGCAGAGGACCUGGACAAGAGGAUGCCCGGUUUGGUGGGGCAGGAGGCUGAUGAUGGGGAGAGACCAAGGAGAAGCUCAUCUCUGUUCACCAAGGCUGUGUUCCUGCGGCCCAGCCCCAAUGCCAUGAUUCUCUUUGAAACCACCAAAACUGGCCCCACUCUGGGGAAGAUGGUCAGUGAGGAGAUGCAGGAGGCCAAGGCAGGCGUGUCUCAGGAGCCCCCUUCAGGCACCAUGCUUGAGGUGGCUGCCAAGCCCCCUGAGCCCACCCGAAAGCCCCCGGGGACCCUUCCCCGACCAGCCUCCCUGCCGUAGGACAUGAGGCCGGCUGCAGCCCAAGAGGCAGUAGGACAAGACCAGGCUGUCUCAAAGGCCAGCGGUGUGGAGGACACGGCGGGCCCUGCUCCGGAGCCCAGACCUCGCCUAAAGAGAAGGCCCGUGUCAGACAUUUUUAUAGAAGCCCUUCAGCCUCAGAAGCCAGGCCCUGGCGGUGCAGCCACUGUGGGGAAAACACCACCCACCCCUCCUGAGAAGACGUGGGUGACGAAGCCCCGGCCUUUGUCCAUGGACCUCACAGCCCCGUUUGAGAGCAAAGAGGCCUUGCUGAGGAAGACAGCCGAUGAAGUGAGUGGAGCCACAGUGGGCUCAAGCGCUGACCGCUGGGGCCCAGAGAGGUCCAAACCAGAGCCCAAGGUGGACAGGGAGUGUUUGGCCAAGGCAGAGCCCCCUCUUCAUGGCAUGAAUUCAGAAUUCCUGGAGGUGGCCAGAAAAAUGCAUGAACAGCAGGAGAAAGUGCCUUUGAAGCAUGACACGGGUAGCCUCAGGGCCCCAGGGGCCUCAGCCAGGGUUGUCCUGAGAGAUGACCUGAGUCCUUCGGAAGAGCAAGUCAAGCUGGCCCACGAGCAUGAGAAAGCACCUGAGCCCCCUUCGCCCAGGCCAGGAAGAGACUCAGAACUUGCUGAGGUCAAGGUCAGACCAGUUGACAGAGGAGUCCCAGCCCCUGCAGGGGGCAAGUGGGCCUCCAGGGGGAGCAUGAAGAAGUGUAUCAGCCUGCUUGGGGAGGACAGCGCUGUGCCCAUGUCCUUGGCAGCGGGGCCUGGACCCCCCUUGGCCACCCCUGAUUCCCCAUUGGCAAUGGCAGAGCCCAAGAAAGUGGGUGUGAGUGUCCAGGAGCGGGUCAGAGGCUGGGCUGCUGAGAGCUCCGAGGUGAAGCCCGAGAUGAGGAGGAGGACAUUCCAGGCUCGGCCGCUGUCCGCAGAUUUGACCAAAGUGUUUUCAAGUUCAGAUUCAAGCAAGGAAGUCAGAUAUGAGAAGUGUGCUGAGCUGAGUGGCGAGCUUUCUAAGAAGCUGAGAGAAAAGCCAAAGGACGGGCCUGGUCUGGUUGAAACAUCUGCUCCAAGAAGCCCCUGGAAGCCGGUGACACUCCAGGAAAAGUCCAGGCAGACGGAGCAGAAAGACAGUUCUAACCAAGUCCCUGACAACGGCUGGGGUGAGAGCACAGCAGAACUCCUGACGUCACUCCAGAAGAUGAGGGAAGCUUCCAGACCGUGUGGGCCACAGUGUUUGAGCAUCAUGUGGAGAAACAUACUGUGUCUAACCCCACGAGAAGCUUUCUCUUAGCCAUG